CUAUUAUCUCUGCGCUCUUGGUGGUCACGGGAAUGCUCGGUGCUCCAGUGCCAGCUUCGGCGGCGGCGAGCAUCACUACCCGCCCGCGGAGAUAUGAGGCGAGGCCUGUGGACCACCCUGGCCCUGGGGCUACUGCGCCUCUGCCUGGCCCAGGCCAACUUUGCCCCCCACUUCUUCGACAACGGGGUCGGCAGCACACACGGAAACAUGGCGUUGUUCAGCCUCCCAGAGGACACCGCUGUAGGCUCUCACGUGUACACAUUGAGCGGGAUAGACCCUGAGGGAGACCCCAUCUCCUACCACAUCAGCUUUGACCCCAGCAGUAGAAGUGUCUUUUCUGUGGAUCCCAAUUGUGGAAACAUCACCUUGGUUGAAGAGCUGGACCGGGAGAGGGAGGACGAGAUUGAAGCCAUCAUCAGCAUCUCUGAUGGCCUGAAUCAGGUGGCAGAAAAAGUCAUGAUCCUGGUGACUGAUGCCAAUGAUGAGGCACCCAGGUUCAUUCAGGAGCCAUAUGUCAUCCUGGUUCCUGAGGACACACCUGCUGGGAAUAGCAUCUUUAAAGUCCAUGCAGUGGACAGGGACACAGGCUCUGGAGGGAGUGUCACCUACCUCCUACAGAACCCACACUCCACUAAAUUUGCCAUGGACCGCCACAGUGGUGUGCUGCGCCUGCAGGCAGGGACUACCCUGGACUACGAGAAGGCCCAGGCCCACUUUGUCACAGUGGUCGCCAAGGACGGAGGAGGGAGGCUCCGGGGGGCUGACGUUGUAUUUUCAGCCACUACCACCAUCACAGUCAGAGUGGAGGAUGUCCAGGAUACAGCCCCUGUCUUCGUGGGCACACCGUACUACGGCUACGUAUAUGAGGACACCAUUCCAGGCUCGGAAGUGCUGACGGUGGUGGCCAUGGAUGGAGAUCGGGGAAAACCCAACCACAUUCUCUACAGCCUUGUUAAUGGGAGUGAUGGAGCCUUUGAAAUCAAUGAGACAUCUGGAGCCAUCUCAGUCAUCCAGAGCCCUGCCCAGCUCCGGAGAGAGGUGUACGAACUGCACGUACAGGUGACUGAGGUCAGCUCUGCAGAACACCCAGCUGCCCACGCCAUGGUCCUAGUCACCAUCAGGAUCAUGGACCUCAACAACCAUCCUCCAACAUUCUAUGGAGAAAAUGGACCUCAGAACAGGUUUGAGCUCUCCAUGUUUGAGCACCCACCCCAGGGUGAGAUUCUGCAUGGCCUCAAGAUCACCGUCAAUGACUCAGACCAGGGAGCCAAUGCCAAAUUUAACUUGAGGCUAGUGGAACCUGGGGGCAUCUUCCGAGUGGUCCCACAGACAGUCCUGAAUGAAGCCCAAGUCACAGUCAUUGUAGAGAAUUCAGCAGCCAUUGACUUUGAAAAGUCCAAAAUGUUAACUUUCAAGCUCUUGGCCAUCGAGAUGAACACCCCAGAAAAAUUCAGCUCCACGGCGGAUGUUGUGAUCCAGCUGCUAGAUACCAAUGACAAUGUCCCCAAGUUCACCUCCCACUACUACUUUGCCAGGAUUCCCGAGAAUGUCCCAGGGAACUCAAAUGUGGUGGCUGUCACAGCUGUGGAUCCAGACACAGGUCCCGGGGGUGAAGUCAAAUACUCCAUCUAUGGGACCGGGGCCAACCUAUUCUUGAUCCAUCCUUCCACUGGGAUCAUCUACACCCAGCCUUGGGCCAGCCUGGAUGCUGAAGCCACUGACAGGUACAACUUCUAUGUGAAGGCAGAGGACCUAGAGGGCAAGUAUAGCCUGGCUGAGGUGUUCAUCACCCUGCUGGACGUCAAUGACCACUAUCCCCAGUUUGGACAGAACAUCCAGGAGAAGACCUUGGUGCUGGGGACCUCGCUGAAAAUUGAGGCCACAGACCAGGAUGCAGAAGAGCCCAACAACUUGGUAGACUAUUCCAUCAUCCAUGCUGAGCCAGCCAAUGUGUUUGACAUCAAUGCACAUACAGGGGAGAUCCGGCUGAAGAACUUCAUCCGCUCCCUGGAUGCCUUGCACAACAUCACAUCUGGCGGGGAUGGCACAUGGUCCCUUGAGGUGCAGGCCAAGGACCGAGGCUUUCCCUCCUUCAGCACUACAGCCCUGCUAAGAAUUGACAUUACAGACACUGAGAUGCUGACACGGGGUCCCAUGGCUGCCUUCCUGAUGCAGACCAAAGACAAUCCCAUGAAGGCUGUGGGUGUGCUGGCUGGCAUCAUGGCCAUUGUUGUGGCCAUAACUGUGCUCAUCUCCACUGCCACCUUUUGGCGUAACAAAAAGUCCAACAAGGUCCUGCCUGUGCGGCGCGUGAUCCACCAGCGACCCAGCCCCAUGCCCCGCACCAUCCGCAUUGAGUGGCUCAAGUUCAGGAGAGCUAAGGCUGCAGCCAAGUUUGUGCUCAAAGAGGAUGUUCCCAAUGAGAACUGCAACAACAACAGGCUGGGAGACUCAUUACCCCCCAGAGCUCCAGUACCCCCACCUCCACCCAGAGUGGUGCCCACCAUGGGCACUUUCCACUGGACUGUGCCUACAAUCUCUGGCUCACUAGCUUCCAAACAACCCCAAUUGUCACCAAAGCCAAAGGCCUUGGGAAGCCCUGUUCAGUCAGCUCUGGUUUCGGAGCUCAAGCAAAAGUUUGAGAAGAAUGUGGACAGUAAGGCUUAUUUCUAG